CUUUCCUGGCACAGGACUCACUGUGCCCCUUCCCGCUGUGGAUACAAGGUCUGCCCCCGACCCCGGCUCUCCAAAGCGCACCGACCUCGCUGGAGGCCGAGGUGGAGGGUCCGUCGCACCGGGAGGGCGGGCCCCCAGGGGUGUCCCACGCACGGUCAAGGUCCCGCGCCAGGCGGGGACCGGGCUGGGUCGGAAGCGGGCACGGUACCCGCGGCAAACUAGCGUGGGCGAGUCCUGAUUGCAGUCGGACCUGCCGCCGCGGCACUUAACAGUUUGCAGAGUGCUUCCCGCCCCUGAUCUCAUUGGAGCCUUCGGAUGGCCCUGCCCACGGUCACUGAUGCCCCCAUUUUACGCCUGAGGAAGCGGAGGCUCAGACGGGCCACCAGCCCCUCCGGAGGCUGGCCCGGGAGCACCUGGCAGCGUGGGGUCUAGGAGCCGGCUCCCUCCUGCUCCCUCCUCCGCGCCGCCCGAGGUGUGCCCGCCGUCCGUGUGCACCACUGCUGAGCCCAGCUCCGGCGCCCUCGCCUCUGCUGUGGGCCCCGGAGACGCGGGGUCAGGCCUCCGCGUUGGCCAAGCCGCUGCAGGUAGGCACAGCCCCCACCAGACGCCAUGGACUGGAAGGCACUCCGGGACCUACUGAAUGGCGUGAAUAAGCACUCCACAGCGUUCGGGCGCAUCUGGCUCUCAGUGGUGUUCGUCUUCCGGGUGCUGGUGUAUGUGGUGGCUGCAGAGCGCGUGUGGGGGGACGAGCAGAAGGACUUUGACUGCAACACCAAGCAGCCCGGCUGCACCAACGUCUGCUACGACAACUACUUCCCCAUCUCCAACAUCCGCCUCUGGGCCCUGCAGCUCAUCUUCGUCACAUGCCCCUCGCUGCUGGUCACCCUACAUGUGGCCUACCGUGAGGAGCGGGAGCGUCGGCACCGCCAGAAGUACGGGGACCAGUGCACCAAGCUGUAUGACAACACAGGCAAGAAGCACGGAGGCCUGUGGUGGACCUACCUGUUCAGCCUCAUCUUCAAGCUCAUCAUCGAGUUCCUCUUCCUCUACCUGCUGCACACUCUCUGGCAUGGCUUCAACAUGCCGCGCCUGGUGCAGUGCGCCAACGUGGCCCCCUGCCCCAAUAUCGUGGACUGCUACAUCGCCCGACCCACCGAAAAGAAAAUCUUCACCUACUUCAUGGUGGGAGCCUCCGCCGUCUGCAUCGUACUCACCACCUGCGAGCUCUGCUACCUUAUCUGCCAUAGGGUCCUGGGAGGCCUGCACAAGGACAAGCCUCGAGGGGGCCGUGGCCCCUCGUCCUCCACCAGCCGAGCUUCCACCUGCCGCUGCCACCACAAGCUGGUGGAGGCUGGGGAGCUGGAUCCAGAUCCAGGCAAUAACAAGCUGCAGGCCUCAGCACCCAACCUGACCCCCAUCUGAUAACAGGGCAGGGGGUAGGGCAACAUGGGGGCUGCCAAUGGGACAGGCAGGGCGGUGUGGCAGGGUGGAGAGGUCCUACAGAGGCUGAGUGACCCCACUUUGAGGUCACUAAGCUAUGCAACUUUCCUUUUGGCAGAUAUGUUUUGACACUGAGCACUGGGCUGUCUACCCGGGUAUAGGUAACCCACAGGGCCAGUGCCAGCCCUCAAAGGACACAGACUUUGUUUUUGUUUGUUUGUUUGUUUGUUUGUUUGUUUGUUUGUUUGUUUUUUGAGACGGAGUCUGGCUCUACCGCCCAGGCUGGAGUGCAGUGGCCGGAUCUCAGCUCACU